ACUGCGACUGAGGCUCCUUGCUUCUUCGUUCGACAUCUCCUCGUCUUUCUCGCUUCAACAACCACAACACCACCAACAUCAAUUAUCACAAACACAAUCAAAGUCACAGCAAUGAAGUCAACAGUCUACCCUCUGACCAUCCUCGCCGGCCUGUUGGCCUCCACAAGGGCAACGCCUGUCCCCAUCGACAGCAGUUCCACCAGUCUCGAGGAGUGCGGUGGUCAAUGGUACAGCCCACGCAGCUAUACCUGCCGAGCCGGAGCUGAUAGUAACGCCCUCUGCCCGGUGGUUAACGGCGAAGCCAUGGAUGACUGUGCUGGUGCCUGCUACACACCUCUUCGCUACAGCUGCAAUGGAAAUGCCCUGUCUGAAAAUCCAAGAAAGUCCAGCGGAACUUACACCCUCACUGCGAGCAAUUCGGACCAGCCCUUCGACGGUCAACCCAUUCAAGCUGCUGGCAACCACUUCUGGGUCGGAGGACAUGCCGCCACCUACUGUCCAUCAAAUGUCGGCAGUAUCUGCAACUCGUUCCCCAACGACACUACCCUCAUCGGCAAUGGCUAUAUGACUGACGGAGCGUUGACCUUCACUCAAGCACACUCAUCAGCCCAGUGGAACCUGAGCUACUACGGUGGUGGAAUUGCCUACGAAGGCGGUGGUUACUUCGGACCCAACGGCGAGGAUCUUAUCACUUGUCCAGUCACACCAGAAGGCAGCAACAUGACAUCUUGGAAGCUCUUCGCACGUCUGGCUGGCGUUAGAUUCUCUAGCUCGUGCGUCGGACUCUACGCCAUCGUCCACGAUCAGAACAUCUCAGCAGGUGCCUGGCAGUACACU